AUGGCAACAACACCUUUGGAUCUUUAUAUUCCGUCCCUGAAUAGAACCUUGGAUAACAUGACGCUGUUGUACUGCCAACUUCCUCUCUUUGAAAUUGAAGGAUUGAGUAGAGAAAAAGUUCCUGUAUUUUCUAAUGGUCUAUGUCCUGACACGUGGUCGACAUUUGGCACGGCCUUGACAUUUCUGGUGGUGUAUGUUGUGCAAUUAGUGGCCAGUCUCGUUCUUAUUAUAUGGAAGAGAAAAAAUGGUUUCAUUGUGGCCAGAAAUCCUGUAUAUAUGGUAAUGGCCAGCUGGUCAACUGUGGUUUAUGUCUUGUUGGGUUCUAUUAGGUUUUUAGUUGGUCGGAAAAUCUUCCCAUGUGCACUUUAUACAUUUAGUUACUUUUUAUUUCCUCCUACAAUGAUUUUACCAAUCACAUUGAGAUGUACGAGGGCUUUCUUCUUGUACAAGUUGAACUUGCUCAAAACUAAACUUUUUGAAGAAAUUCCAAAGAAGGACCCACAAACUAAACCAAAAGAAAGUGAAUUAACCAAAGCCACUCCUCCAUCCUCUCUCACUAUUUCUAAUUCAGCGAUUUCUGAUAUGGACAAUACUUCAUCAAUAUUGUCCACAUCUGCUCUCAAGAUUGCGAUGGAAGAACCAGAAGACGAAUUCACAAAUUCAACUAGAAUCUCAGAUCUCUCACAAAAGAAAGACUUUCGUCUAUUGAAAGUCUACGAGUUUCUUUCUGGAAAGAAAAUCAUGACUAUUGCCUACUUGACUGGUUUUGCAUUGAGUAUUGGAACUUGGUUACUGUUUGGAGUCAUUGAGGAAGCUGCCUAUUCGAAUGAUCCUAAUCCAGAAAAGAAGAGAAUCUUUCUCAUAGAAGGAGGAAUGUUAGUUUUCACAGUUGGUUGUUCAGUAACCAUCACCGCUGUUCUUAUCAUUGCCAUUUUGUGUUUGAUUCUUAUUGUUUUUGAGGUUUCGUUUUUAAUUUUACUUUUCAAAUCAGAUCGUGACACUUGGAAUAUCAAGAAGGAAACGUUUGUGCAAUUGAUCUUCCAGAUAUUGGUUGGAAUUCUAUUUAUUGUGCUGAGUCAAUUGCAUGAUUUUGAUACAAUGAUUGAUUACAUGUGGCCUUACGCUAAUGUUAUAUUUUAUUACUUGUUGAUUGACAAUUUCAUUUGUACCAUAUUGCCUAUCAUUUAUGCAAUUAGAAAGGAUAGGAAAGAUUCCAAUUUUAAUCAGAAUGUGGAUAAGGUGGAAGAGAAAUCAGAUUUGGAACGAAUUUUGAGUGAGAAGAAAACAUUUGAUGUGUUAUUGGAUUUUGGAAGAAGAAGUUAUUGCACGGAGAGUAUUUUGUGUUAUCGAGAUAUUCAAGAUUACAAAAAAUUGAAAAAGCUUGCCACAAGAAAGAAGCUUGCUAUGAGAAUAAUCAAUUCCUAUCUCAAGAAGGACUCUCCCUAUGAAUUGAAUAUGCCAAAGAUUGAACAAAGAGGUGAAGAAUUGAAAUCUAUUGUAGAAAAUAGUGAUGAAAUAUCUAGAGAUUUGUUCCAAUCGAUACAGGAACAUUGCAUGAAUGAUAUGAAAGAUGUCUUUGAAAGGCUAAAAUCAUCUAAUAAGGAGAUUCAAUCAUUAAUUACAUCAUGGAAAAGCAAUUCUCAAUCAGGUGCUGUUUCAACAGAAUUGAAUUAAUCAUUCAAGAACAACAAACAAAUCAUAACACGUUAGGUUCUCCAUUAAUUGGUAUUAUCAGCUUGAAAAUACUUUUGAAAUCGAAUGAGCAAUCUCUUUGAACGGUCGAGGUUUUGACCUGGGUGCUCAUCCAAUAUUGAACGAAUUGAACAAAAAUAAACUAUUGUUUCUUCCU